GCUGGCGGAGUGGCCGCGGGGGUGUCCGUGGAGGCCCGCGGGGAUGUGGCAGCCCCUGCCUCCGGUGUAAAGAGCGUCGGCUCGGCCAGCGAAGGCAGCCGCGCCGGGACUCGAACCACUCGGGGACUGAACUGCAACCGCAGCAACAAGUGACCCUUUAAAGAUGCACACGGGGCUGCGUGAAGUGGAGAAGGCAACUGGGGAAAAUGAAGUAAGGAAAAAGUGUAUUUCCCAGGUUUAAUAAAGUAAACCUGUUUUCUGCAAACAACUGAAAAAGCUGCCCUCUGACUGUUUCUUGGGUCCUCAUGAAGUAGCUGGAACUUGUACCGUGAGGCCCUUGAUGGGACAAGCUCUCACCUGCUGAUCACCCAGAGUGACUGUCACCAUGGCCAGCAAGAGGAAAUCCACCACCCCUUGCAUGAUCCCAGUGAAGACGGUGGUGCUGCAGGACGCCAGCGUGGAGACCCAGCCUGCUGAGGCCGGGCCUGAUGGACCCCAGCAGGAUCUGCCUCCAGAAACACCUGCUGCCAGCAGCGAGGCAGCCCAGAACUCAGGUCCUGACGGCCCUGCACUGGCCAAUGGGCAUCGGAGCACUUUGGAUGGCUAUUUAUACUCCUGUAAAUACUGUGACUUCAGAUCCCAGGAUGUGGCCCAAUUUGUGGGACAUAUGAACUCAGAGCACACAGACUUCAACAAAGACCCAACUUUUGUAUGCACUGAGUGCAGUUUUUUGGCAAAAACCCCUGAGGGACUUUCCCUGCACAACGCCAAGUCUCACUUGGGGGAAGCCAGCUUUGUGUGGAGUGUGGCCAAGCCAGACAAUCAUGUGGUCGUGGAGCAGAGUGUCCCCGAGGGCACAGGCACUUCUGACCUAGCAGGUGAGCCCAGUGCCGAAGGGACUGAUGGACAGGCUGAAAUCAUUAUUACCAAAACUCCAAUCAUGAAGAUAAUGAAAGGUAAAGCUGAAGCCAAAAAAAUUCAUACACUCAAGGAGAACAUCCCUAGCCAACCUGUGGGUGAGGCCUUGCCAAAGCCGUUAGCUGGAGAAACAGAGGUGAAAGAGGGCGACCACUCCUUUGUCAAUGGAGCGACUCCUGUCAGCCAGGCAUCUUCCAGCUCCACUAAGCCCCCACAUGCCACCAAUGGGCCCCUGAUAGGCACAGUGCCAGUGUUGCCAGCUGGUAUAGCACAGUUCCUCUCCCUCCAGCAGCAGCCCCCAGUGCAUGCUCAGCAUCACGCCCACCAGCCCCUGCCCACAUCCAAGGCCCUUCCCAAAGUGAUGAUUCCCCUGAGCAGCAUUCCAACGUACAAUGCGGCCAUGGACUCCAACAGCUUCCUGAAGAACUCCUUCCACAAGUUCCCCUACCCCACCAAAGCUGAGCUCUGCUAUUUGACUGUGGUGACCAAGUAUCCAGAAGAACAGCUCAAGAUCUGGUUCACAGCCCAGAGGCUGAAACAAGGUAUCAGCUGGUCUCCCGAGGAGAUUGAGGAUGCCCGGAAGAAGAUGUUCAAUACAGUGAUCCAGUCUGUACCUCAGCCCACAAUCACAGUCCUAAACACCCCUUUGGUCGCCAGUGCAGGCAACGUCCAGCAUCUCAUCCAGGCUGCUCUCCCAGGCCAUGUGGUGGGGCAGCCCGAGGGCACAGCAGGGGGACUUCUGGUCACUCAGCCACUGAUGGCCAAUGGGCUGCAAGCCCCAAACUCAUCUCUCCCCCUGUCUGUUACAUCUGUCCCUAAGCAGCCAGCUGUGGCACCCAUUAACACUGUGUGCUCAAAUACAGCCUCAGCUGUGAAGGUGGUCAAUGCGGCCCAGACGCUCCUCACGGCAUGCCCCAGCAUAACUUCCCAAGCCUUCCUGGAUGCUAACAUCUACAAAAAUAAGAAAUCUCAUGAACAGCUGUCAGCUCUGAAAGGGAGCUUCUGUCGGAACCAGUUCCCUGGGCAGAGUGAAGUUGAGCAUCUGACCAAGGUGACCGGCCUCAGUACCAGGGAGGUACGGAAAUGGUUCAGUGAUCGGAGAUACCACUGCCGGAACCUGAAGGGCUCCAGAGCCAUGAUGCCUGGAGAGCCAGGUUCUAUCAUCAUUGACUCUGUGCCAGAGGUGCCCUUCUCCCCGUCGGCCAAGGCCUCAGAGGUGACCUGCAUCCCCAUGGCAGCCACACUAGCGAGCCACCCUGCCGCCAAGCGACAGUCCUGGCACCAGACUCCUGACUUCACACCAACCAAAUACAAGGAGCGAGCCCCCGAGCAGCUCAGAGCCCUGGAGAGCAGUUUUGCACAAAACCCCCUUCCUCUUGAUGAGGAACUGGACCGCCUGAGAACUGAAACCAAAAUGACUCGAAGAGAAAUCGAUAGCUGGUUUUCGGAAAGACGGAAAAAAGUGAAUGCCGAGGAGACCAAGAAGACGGAUGAGACUGCCUGUCAGGAGGAAGAGGAGGCUGCGGAGGAGGAGGGUGGAGAAGAGGAGCUGGCCAGUGAGCUGCGGGUCCUUGGCGAAGACGGCUCCGCGGAAGUGCCCGGCAGCCACAUCUCAGCAGAGCGCAAAGUCAGUCCCAUCAAAAUCAACCUCAAGAACCUGCGGGUCACAGAAGCCAAUGGCAAGAGUGAGCUUCCAGGGCUGGGUGCCUGUGAGCCCGAGGAUGAUGGCUCCAACAAGCUGGCAGAGCAGCCCCCCGGCAGAGUGAGCUACAAGAAGACGGCCCAGCAGCGGCACUUGCUGCGGCAGCUCUUUGUCCAGACACAGUGGCCAAGCAACCAGGACUACGACUCCAUCAUGGCCCAGACAGGUCUGCCACGGCCUGAGGUGGUGCGCUGGUUCGGGGACAGCAGGUAUGCCCUGAAGAAUGGCCAGCUCAAGUGGUACGAAGACUACAAGCGGGGCAACUUCCCACCAGGGCUGCUGGUCAUUGCCCCCGGCAACCGUGAGCUGCUACAGGACUACUACGUGACACACAAGAUGCUGUACGAGGAGGACCUGCAGAGCCUCUGUGACAAGACCCAGAUGAGCUGCCAGCAGGUUAAGCAGUGGUUUGCCGAGAAGAUGGGCGAGGAGACCCGGGCUGUAGUGGAUACAGGCAGUGAGGACCAGGGCCCUGGUGCUGGCGAGCCUGCGGCCGUUCACAAAGGGGUUGGCGACACCUAUUCGGAAGUAUCUGAAAACAGUGAGUCGUGGGAGACCAGUGCCCCUGAGGCCAGCUCAGAGCCCUUUGAGACGUCGAGUCCCCAGGCCGGACCUCAGCUCGAAACAGACUGAAUCUGAUCGGAUCACUGUGAAGGACGGGCCGGUCUGGAUGCUGCCUGCCACAGGAAGAGCCAAGCCCGACUGCUCCACAUGCUGUUCCUGGCCACCAGGCACCAGGAGAGCCUCUGCAGGCCGCGCAGCAGC